UGCUAAUCCACACUGUUUGAGCAGGGACCUCAAGACUAACUAAAGACAGCAUGGGCUUGCUAUCUAUUUUACGCAGGCUGAAGCACUCUCCAGACCAGGAGGUGCAGUUACUGUUGCUUGGGCUGGACAAUGCUGGCAAGACCACUCUACUGAAACAGCUGGCUGCUGAGGAUGUCAGCCACAUCACUCCCACACAAGGAUUUAAUAUAAAGAGUGUUCAGUCUUCCGGCUUCAAAUUAAAUGUUUGGGACAUUGGAGGGCAGCGCAAGAUCCGCCCAUACUGGAGGAAUUAUUUUGAAAGCACAGAUGUGCUGAUCUAUGUGAUUGACAGCUCAGACAGGAUAAGGAUUGAAGAGACAAGUCAGGAACUGGCCGAGUUACUGGAGGAGGAGAAACUGGCAGCUGUGCCACUGUUAAUCUUUGCCAAUAAGCAGGACCUGAUGACAGCCAUCCCAGCUGCCGAGCUUGCCGAGGCUCUCAAUUUGUCUACUAUCCGAGACCGUAUGUGGCAGAUCCAGCCCUGCUCAGCAGUCACAGCAGAGGGUGUGCAGGAUGGCAUGACUUGGGUGUGCAGGAAUAUCACAUUUCGGAAGAAAUAACAGAGAACGUGCACUCGUGCCCAGUAUGGAUUCCAGAUGUUGCACAACUUUGCAUUCACCGUUUGUCGAAGACAUGAAGAUAAUAA